AUGGUCCCCGCCGCCGCUGGCGCGCUGCUCUGCGCCCUGCUGCUGAGUCUGGGGUCCCGGGCGGCGGGGGCCCAAGACCAGACUCAAACUCCGACAGGGCUACAGAAGGUCAGUUUCCGCUUUGGGGGCCCUAUGACCAGCACCUACCGGACCACCAGCCAGACCGGCAGACCGCGAAAGAUGACGGUAACUCUGGAGGAUGAGGAAGACGCAGUGGCCACCGCCGACCACCUGGCAGGCCCUGCCGCCGCCGAGCUCUUGGCCUCUUCGGUGGCCACAGGCGUCAGCCAUCCCCGCGGAACCGGGGAGGAGGAAGGAGUUUUGGAAGAGGAAGUUUCGAUUAAUGCCAGAAAGAAUGGCAUCAACCUGGAGACUCACAAUACGGUUCCCAGCACAAGAUUUCCAGCGAAUACCCAGGAGAGGGAAAUCAGGUUGACUACAGACAUGAUGCCUUCCACCUUUAAGUCUACUAUAGAGCCACAGGACUCGGAGCUCACCCUGAGCCAGUGGUCGACACCUGGGUCCACCCCGAACCGGUGGCCGCCACCCUCUCCUACAGCCAUGCCGCCUGCGGAAGAUCUGCGGCUAGUGCUGAUGCCCUGGGGCCCGUGGCACUGCCACUGCAAGUCGGGCACCAUGAGCCGGACCCGGUCGGGGAAACUACAGGGCCUGUCGGGGCGCCUCCGAGCUGGGGCACUUAGUCAAAUCCGCUCGGAGCACCGACCUUGCACCUACCAGCAAUGUCCCUGCGAUCGGGAUCGGGAAGAGUGCCCCCUGGACACAGACAGAGAGAAACCGGAGGUAAACGCUACUUCACCCACAGGAAGAGGAGGUGUCAGCAUUUCAGCUUCUCCUCCCCUUUCAACCCCAGCACCCAUAGAUAUUUUCAGUACAGAAAAACAAAACUGA